UAUGGCGAAUUUGGUUGGUACACCACCACCACUAGCUCAUUUGUUAAUAUCGCGUUUUUUGCAACAAGCUAACGAAAAUCCGAACAGGAAAGGGGGACAACAAAAAAACCGCGCGCAUUGCGACAACAACAAUAAGAUGUAUAUAUGAAAAUCCGUAUGCGGGAGUAGACACACUUGUCCCCAUUCGAAACCAGAAGCCACACACACAACAAACUCGCAGCAGCAGCAGCAGCGCAGCCAUGGGACUCGACUUCGAUGCCCUGGAGUACUGCAAAGGCGUGAAGAACAAGCAAUCCCAGCCACCGUAUGCGUGUCCAGUGCGCGACUGUGACCGCAGCUACAAGACGAUCAUGGGGCUGCAGUACCAUUUGGUGAAGUACGACCACGACAAUCCGCAGCCGCUGACGCCCGUCCUGACGCCGAACCGAAAAAAGGCGCGUUCCCGCUCCACGCACCACUCGACGCUCAAGCCAAAGGACAACGGCAGCGGUGUGGAUGCGUUCAGCGUUGCCGGGGAGGCCAAAAACGGCUGCACCGGCAGCAGCGGGAGCAGCAGUCGCCAUCAGUACGCCAAUCCCGAGUCCCUGGUCGCCUACAACGAGGAGGAGGCCACAGUCACCUUCAAUAUCGAGGGCAAGAGUGUGCGCCUGGGCAUCGAUGACGCCCUGCCGAUGGUCGACGAAGAGGAGUUCGUCGGCCUGGUGGAGCGGGGCUGCAUCCUGAAUGCGGAUGCCCCUCCGCUGGAGGAGAACGCGCCGUGGGCCAAGGUGCAGGUGCCGGUGGCGAAGGUGUGCGAAAUCGAAGACUACAAUGUGCCUGAUGCCCCGCCCCGGCCGCUGGCCUACUAUCGCUUCAUCGAAAAGUCCCUGGAGGAGCUCGACGGUGAGAUCGAGUACGAUGUGGAUGAGGAGGACUCCGCCUGGCUGGAGCACAUGAACGAGGAGCGGCAGAAGCUCGGCCUGAAUGCCGUCAGCAUCGACACCAUGGAGCUGCUGAUGGAUCGCCUCGAGAAGGAGUCGCACUUCCAGGCGGCGGCCAAUGGCACGCCCACCGGCGUCGAGGUGGACGACGAUGCGGUCUGCUGCAUCUGCCUCGACGGCGAGUGCCAGAACACCAACGUGAUACUCUUCUGCGACAUGUGCAACCUGGCGGUGCAUCAGGACUGCUACGGCGUGCCCUACAUACCCGAGGGCCAGUGGCUCUGUCGCCGCUGCUUGCAGUCGCCCAGCAAGCCGGUCAACUGUGUCCUCUGCCCGAACGCCGGUGGCGCCUUCAAGCAGACGGACCACGGCCAGUGGGCGCAUGUGGUGUGUGCUCUGUGGAUACCCGAGGUGCGGUUCGCCAAUACCGUCUUCCUGGAGCCAAUUGAUUCUAUCGAGACCAUUCCCCCUGCCCGCUGGCGGCUCACGUGCUAUGUGUGCAAGGAGAAGGGUCUGGGUGCCUGCAUCCAGUGCCACAGGAACAGCUGCUAUGCCGCCUUCCAUGUGACCUGUGCCCAGCAGGCGGGCCUCUACAUGACCAUGGACACGAUCAAGGACGGCCACAACGACUCCUCCAUGCAUGUGCAGAAGUUUGCCUACUGCCACGCCCACACGCCGGCCGACGCUAAGCUGAAGAUGAACGUGCCCGAUUUCGAGGACACGCGCCACAAGAUGCGGGAGGCGCGCAAGGCGCUGGCCAAGAAAAGAUCCACGGCACCGGUGGUGCUGAUACCGACGAUACCGCCGGAUCGUGUACAGGAGAUCGCCACCAUGGUCACGAUGCAGAAGAAGAAGGAGUUCCUGGACCGCAUCAUCGCCUACUGGACGCUGAAGCGUCACUACCGGAACGGUGUGCCGCUGCUGCGUCGCCUGCAGAGCCAGGGCCACAACCACGGCGUGAUCCAGCGCAACGGCAUCGAGGGCUCCCCGGACACGAACGAGCUGUACAGGCAGCUGAAGUACUGGCAGUGCCUGCGCCAGGAUCUGGAGCGGGCGCGACUGCUCUGCGAGCUGGUGCGCAAGCGGGAGAAGCUGAAGGUGGCCUUCGUGAAGAUCUCCGAGGAGGUCGUGAUGCUGCAGCUCAAUCCGCUCGAGUCGGCGCUGACCAAGCUGCUGGAUGCGCUCGAGACGCGCGACACCAUGGAGAUAUUCCGCGAGCCGGUGGACACCAGCGAGGUGCCCGACUACACGGACAUUGUGAAGCAUCCCAUGGACCUGGGCACCAUGCGGACGCGGCUCAAGGACUGCCAGUACACCACACUGGAGCAGCUGGAGACCGACUUCGAUCUGAUGAUCCAGAACUGUCUGGCGUACAACAACAAGGACACGGUGUUCUAUCGCGCCGGGAUCCGGUUGCGCGACCAGGCGGCCCCUCUGUUCGUGCAGCUGCGCAAGGAGCUGCAGCGGGAUGGCCUUUUAGAGCGGUCGCAGCGCUCGCAUGUCGAUCAUGUGGAGGCGGAGGUGGAGCAGGAGCUGCGACAGCUGCUGGCGGUGCCGGCCAGCGAGGAUAUCGUCCAGAAGCUGCUCAUACUGGCCGACAAGUCGCAGGUGCUCAAGAAUCCCAGCUACCGCACCAAGAAGAUCAAGCAGAUCCGUCUGGAGAUCACGCGGAUGCGCAAGUCUCUGCAAAAGGCGCGCUACGCAGCGCGUCACUCGUCGGUGCACGCCAAUCGCUCACGGAGCGACGAUGAUGAGGGUAGAGGCAGACAAGGCUCACCGUCCAAGAAGCGUUCGCGUAAGCGUCUGAACAGCAGCGCCAUGGAUAUGGACCUGGAGCAGGAUGACGACGUGGAAGACGAUGAGGACUCUGAGGAGGAUUCGAUGGGCGACGGGGAGGGCGAUGGCGAUGGCGAUGAGGAGGCUGUCAAGGAAACGCUUAGCACAACGCAAACGCCGCCCUGCAGCCCCAUCAAGAGUCUAAACAACAGCAGCUCGCCCGUGGGCAUCAACCGAAGAACGGCCAUACUGCUGACGCGUAAGUCUCAGGCGGCUCUCAAACGACCCUCAGAGCCGCUAACGACGCCCGUGAAGGAGGAACACCACAAUUCCCAAUCCUCCAGCAGCCAGUCCAUCGGCCACAGUGCCAGUGCCAGCUCCUCCUCCAAUGCCACGGCGGCCACAGCUGCCACCAGCGUGGCCUCGCUGAACAGUGUCCUGGCCACAGCCACUGCCACUCCCACUGCCUCUGCCACUGGCUCAGUCUCGAGCUUCACGUUGAUUCAGAACAGCAACAGCGGAGCGGCCGGGAGUGCAUCUGCGGCUCCGGGUGUGGGCGCACUGGCUGGAGCAGCUGCAGCGGCCAGCCUGACAUCCACGGCCCUGUCGAUCAGCAGCAAGAUGAGCCUCAAUCUUGGCGUGAAGUCGCCAAAGAGGCCGGGACGCUACCGACGGCUGCCUGAGCUGAGAAACAGUGCUUCCAUGUCACCAAAGAAGUCUCCCAAUCCUGCGGCAGCGGCGGCAGCAGCAGCAGCUGCGGCGGCAGUAGCAGCGGGAGCCAAUUCCGCCUCCAGCCAGGCCACGCCGGUGCCAGACGCACGACUCUUCGAGCGCAUUCCGGACAGCUUUCGCGUCUAUCGGGCGAACAACCAGAGGGACGUGAGCGAUAGCGACGAAGGCCCCUCCCAGUCCAGCAGCCCCUGCAGCAGCUGUUCAGACUUCAGCAUGUCCGGCAGCUGCUCGGACUUUGACAGCGACGAGGCAAGCGAUGGGCGCAGCGAGGAGAGGGAGUCCACGUCCACGCAGGACGGCACCACCGACGCCAUGGACCUGCAGCACGCCAGCCUCAGCCUGAACAACAGCCAGGGCAACGGGAACAUGGCCAUCAGCAGCAGCAGCGGGGCCAGCGGCAGCUCCAGCGAAGAUGAGGCAGUGAUGGCUGGACAGCCACAUCAGAAGAGGCGAGGCAGGCCGAGCAAGACAAGAACGUCCCGCAGUACGCCCACGCCCACACCCAUACCGAUGGCGGCGCGUGGGCCGGUCAUGUCAGCUGCCCGGGGCCGUGGCAAGAGGCGCAGCAACCUCAGCGAGUCAACGACUAGCUCCACGGCCACGCCGCCGCCGAUCAUGCGAAAGGCGGGCAAACUGCGCUCGGCCACGCCCAGCAUCGUCUCGCCGCUGGUGAACAACAUCAAGGCGAGGCGGAACACCACGGCAACGGCCACCAACAACAACAAGAGUCGUCACGGCGAAGACGUGGAGGAGGUGGUGACCAUGACCCGGCACCACAACUCGCACAAGCCAACGCUAGAGCCGCUGCAGCUGGUGUGGGCCAAGUGCCGUGGCUAUCCGUGGUAUCCCGCAUUAAUACUCGACCCGAAGACGCCGAAGGGGUUCGUCUAUAAUGGCGUGCCCCUGCCCGCCCCGCCCACGGAUGUGCUGGCGCUGCGCAAGAACUGCCUGGAUGACAUCGUUUUUCUGGUGCUGUUCUUCGAUGUGAAGCGCACCUGGCAGUGGCUGCCGGCCAAUAAGCUGGACAUUCUGGGCAUCGACAAGCAGGUGGACCAGCAGAAGCUGAUCGAGUCCCGGAAGCCGGCGGAACGGAAGGCCGUGAAGAAGGCGUACCAGGAUGCGCUGCACUAUCAGAGCCAGGUAUCGGACCUCGAGGGCCAGGGGCCCGAUCCGAUUAUGUGAAAGCUAUUUGCCCAAUUGCGCCUGUGCUAAGGCUAAGGCGCCGCUCGAAAUUAGCCAUAUACUGUGCACCCCCCGCUCCCCCUUCUACUAUACAUAUAUCCCCCCACCCGCACCCCCACCCGACCCUUGAUCCUUCUAUAUAGUGUGUGUAUUUUUACGUCAUUUGUUGUUAUUCGAAGAUGUGGAUGAAGCGGAAGAUGAUGCAGAAGCAGAAGAAGGCCCUCCAUUAGAGUAUUUCGUUUCCCAAUUUAGCACUGCAAGUGUCCUUGAUUUAUCGUUUGUAGGUGAUCCCCCGAUCCCGAUCCCUGCCAGCCUACGAUUAUGUACAGUCCAAGCGAUUUAUUAUCAUCAGUUUGUAAAUUAUGUAUUUGGAUCCAUAAGCUUCUAUUAUUAUGUAACAAAAAAAUUGUUAAACGAAAAUGCCCCCACCCAAUCCGUAAUCCUUGAUUUCCGCCCGCCCCCCCCUUAAACUUUCCCGAAAUGAAUACGAAACAUGGCAACAAGAUGGAAUUUAUAACCUCAUAAUGUUUCACACGAAAUCAAAUCAAUGUUUAAGUUAAAUAGUUUUAAGAACAAUCUACAGGAUAAGUCUAAAACAAAAACAAAACAAAAACAAAUGAAAAACGCUAAGCAAAAUGUGUAAAGAAAAAAAACCCUUAAAACCAAGAUGAACAAUUUACAAAAUAGCAUUAUAAACUGUACGAGUAUGUGUGUGAGUGUGUGCGAGUAUAUAUAAA